AUGGAGUCUAUAUAUAGGUGUUGGAGUCCUUUCUUUUGGAAAUUUUUUAUCAUUUUGAACAAAUAUUAUCAAGAGCUAGUCUCUUUGUAUCCCAUUUGGGAGUUUCUCUCUCUACAUUAUCUAUGGGUAUCUUUGGUUGCAUCAUUUGGUAUCAGAGCUUCUAGGCUCGAUCCCCACCGUUCAUCUCGCCGGAGACUUCAUCGGAAACCUAAACCUCGCCGGAAACCUAAAACGGAGCCGAAAAAUCUCGCCGGAGCCCCCAAAUCACUCUAAAUCCUUAGAUCUAUCCAACCCAACACCCUAUACUUUGAUUUCGACCCUAUUUAGCCCUGAAUCGAACCCAAAACCCUUAGGAUCUGACCUGUUCGAACUUGAAUCAGCCAUUUCGGCACUGUUCAAGCUCGAUCUACCCAUUUCGGAGCUGUUUCGGAGCUGCUACAGUGAUUCCGAGUCUGCUACAGUGAUUUUGGAACUGUUCGGACCUGUUUGAACAAGACCCAGCCUUGUUCGAGCUCAAAUCUGCAAUUUCGGAACUCAAAUCGAAGUUUCAAACCCAGAUCUGCCUGUUUCGGACCAUUUCAGAGCUGCUACAGUGAUUCCGAGUCUACUACAGUAAUUUCGGACCUGCUACAGUGAUUUCGAGCACAAGCACAGUGAUUUCGAGACUGCUACAGUGAUUUCGGAGCUUGCUACAGUGAUUUCAAGUCAGAUCUGUGGGUUUUGAGAGUUUUCGGACUGAUUUUUGCUGAUUUUGGACAAGAUCUAAGGUGGGUAAGUGUCGAUUCCUUAUUUUCUUUGCUGGGUUGUUGCUAGAUUGCUCCGUAGUUGUCGAUUUGAGUAUGAUUAUUGGUGAUUACGUGUUUUUGGGGUUGUUCUGUUGAAAUUGGUGGCUGAGUUGACUGGGUUUUCAUUAUUUGGGGUUGAUUUACUUGAUUGGAGUUGAAUUUGGGUAUUGUAAUGGCUUAUCGGGCUAGAGGUAGAAGAGGAGGUAGAGGUAGAGGCUUUGUGGUGAACAAUGGUGAGGAGAAUGAGUUUGGCAACCAAAACCAUGAGAUUCAAGAGUUGAGACAACAAGUUGCUACCCUAACGGCGAUGGUGCAAGGCUUGCAAGUGUCGCGUGCAGGUAGUGGAGGGUCCGAGGACUCUCAAAGUCACUUUGACAAUCCUUUUGGUGAUCCGAAUUGGCGUAGGCCACCUUCCACUCACUCUCCUUAUAGGUGGGAGAAGAACAUCAAGAUUGAACUUCCCGAGUUCAAUGGAAGUCUUAAUCCAGAUGAGUUUGUUGAUUGGAUUAAUACGGUUGAAAGAGUGUUUGAUUAUGGAGACGUCUCCGAGGAGAAGAAGGUGAAGUUAGUGGCUAUCCGCCUCAAAGGAAGAGCUUCCGCUUGGUGGGAGCAAUUGCAAGGAACUAGGCAACGAAGAGGAAAGGGAAAGAUUAGAGAAUGGGAGAAAAUGAAGAAGAAACUCAAUGAACAAUUCUUGCCUUUCAACUAUAUGCAAAAUCUCUACAAGAAUUUGCAUAAUCUCGAACAAGUUGGAAGUGUUGAUGAGUACACGGAGGCUUUCCAUCAACUUGUUGCUAGAGUUGAUUUAAAUGAAAGUGAAGAUCAAAUGGUUGCAAGGUACAUAAGUGGGUUGACAAUCACAAUCCAAGAUGCCCUCGCUAUGCAAACUUUGUGGACGGUUUCGGAAGCUUACAAUCGGGCCUUGGUGGCCGAAAAGCAAGAAAAGAGAAAGUUUUCGAGAUCCGGGCAACAAUAUCAAGGCGGUUCCAAGUCCGGGCAGCCCUUUUACUCUUAUGCUAGAGGUGGUUCUUCCUCUAGUGGUGGCCAAGGUGCUUCUCCCGGAGUUGGUACUCAAAACCGAGCGGAUAAAGCUUCAACACCCGCUCAAAAUCAGUCUCAAUCCGGUGCUUCGGGGGCUCGAAAUCAAUUCCAAAGUGGGGGUUUCAAGUGCUUCAAGUGUCGGGAACCGGGUCACAAGUCUUUGGAUUGUCGUAAGACUUCCGGAGGUCGUAACAAGGCACUUUUCAUUGAGGAGGUUACGGAACAAGGUUGUGAGGAUGAUAUUCCCGUUUAUGACGAAGAAAUAUGUGAAGAAAUUGGAGGUGAUAAUGAGGAAGAAGAAGGCUAUGCGUUGAUGAUAAAAAAGACUCUCCUUACUCCUAAGGAUGUUGGUAAUGAAGAUUGGUUGCGUACCAAUAUCUUUUACACCACUUGCAAUGUUGGUGAUAGAGUUUGCAACAUGAUUAUUGAUAGCGGAAGUUGUGAGAAUGUAGUCUCUCAAGAGGUGGUGGACAAGUUACAACUCAAAGUGGAGGAGCAUCCCCAUCCUUAUACCAUUUCUUGGUUCAAGAAGGGUAAUAAAAUCAAGGUGACUAAAAGGUGCUUGGAAUCUUUCUCCAUUCGGCAAAAGUACUUUGAUGAAGUUUGGUGUGAUGUUGUACCUAUGGAUGCUUGUCAUAUACUACUUGGUCGCCUGUGGCAAUAUGAUAGGCAUUCCAUCCAUGAUGGAAAGAAGAAUACCUACACCGUCCUUAAGGAGAAGCGACAAUUCACUUUGUUACCUAUGAAGGAGAAGGUGACUACGAAGCCUCCUCCCACUACGUUGCUUGCUUCUAAAGGAUUUCUCAAUGAAAGUCAUGAAUCCGGGUAUGUUCUAGUGUUGGUUCCUAUGGCGGAUAUGGGUGUGUCGGAUGUUCCCAAGGCGAUUUCUAAACUUUUGAAGGAGUAUGUUGAUGUGUUUCCUCAAGAGUUGCCUCCCGACUUGCCUCCUUUGCGAGAUAUUCAACAUUGUAUCGACUUGGUACCUGCGGCGCCCCUUCCGAACAAGCCUGCAUAUAGAAUGUCUCCAAGGGAGAGGGAAGAGAUUCAAAGGCAAGUUAAGGAUCUUCUAGAAAAAGACUACAUAAGGGCAAGCCUUAGCCCUUGUGCGGUGCCGGCUCUUUUGACUCCGAAGAAGGAUGGUUCGUGGAGGAUGUGUGUGGAUAGUAGAGCUAUCAACAAGAUCACUAUCAAGUACCGCUUUCCCAUUCCAAGGCUAGAUGAUAUGUUGGAUUGCCUUGCCGGUUCAAAGGUCUUCUCAAAGAUUGAUCUAAGAAGUGGUUAUCAUCAAAUUCGAGUUCGUCCGGGAGAUGAAUGGAAAACGGCUUUCAAGACCCCUCAUGGCCUCUUUGAAUGGCUUGUGAUGCCUUUUGGUCUUACCAAUGCUCCAAGCACUUUUAUGCGGGUAAUGACUCAAAUGCUUCAACCUCUCUUGGGUAUAUGUGUAGUUGUGUACUUUGAUGAUAUAUUGGUGUAUAGUCGGUGUUUUGAAGAUCACACAUCCCACCUCCAACAAGUCUUUGAAAUCUUGAGAAAAGAGAAGUUUUAUGGGAACUUGAAGAAGUGUAGUUUUGCUGUUGAUAAAGUGGUAUUUUUGGGGUAUGUUGUGUCUGCAAAGGGGGUUCACAUGGAUGAAGACAAGAUUAAGGCCAUUGUGGAAUGGCCAACGCCUACAAGUGUUCAUGAAGUGAGGAGUUUUCAUGGGUUAGCUACCUUCUACCGGAGGUUCAUUGCCAACUUUAGUAGUAUCGCGGCUCCUCUUACCGAUUGCCUCAAGUAA